GUACAGAUAUGAAUGCAACAGUAAUAGGUGAAAAUGACCCUAUUGAUGAAGUGCAAGGAUUUCUAUUUGGAAAACUGAGCCAGUUGCAUCCCACUUUGAAAGAAGAAUUAAAAGAACUAAGAAAACAUCUUGUUGAAAGCACAAAUGAAAUGGCGCCCUUAAAAGUGUGGCAAUUACAGGAUCUAAGUUUUCAAACUGCUGCCCGGAUUCUUGCUGCUCCCACUAUGGACACUCUGAUGGUCAUGAAAGAUCUAAGUCAAAAUUUUCCCACAAAAGCAAG